AUGGGUUUCGAACUUCGAGGGAGAUCCCUCCAGUUUGCUAUCACGUUCAUCUGUACCACCGGUUUCCUGCUCUUUGGUUAUGAUCAAGGUGUCAUGAGCGGUAUCAUCACCGCCCCCGAAUUCAACGCCGCCAUCCCCGAGACCAGGGGCAACCCCACCAUGCAGGGUCUCGUGACCUCAAUCUACGAAAUCGGCUGUCUCUUCGGCGCCAUCUCGGUGCUGUUUGUCGGCGAGAAGCUCGGGCGCCGCAAGAGCAUCAUGACGGGUGCCGUCAUCAUGAUCUUUGGCGUCAUCAUCCAGAUUACUGCAUUCAGAGGUCAUCAGUCGUUGGCCCAAUUCAUCAUUGGUCGAAUCGUCACCGGCAUCGGUAACGGCAUGAACACCUCGUCCAUCCCCACCUACCAGGCCGAGUGCGCCAAAACGACGAACCGCGGACUGCUCAUCUGCAUUGAGGGCGGGUCUAUUGCGUUCGGUACCCUUAUUAGUUACUGGCUCAACUACGGCGUGUCGUUCACCAAUAGUGAUGUCGUCUGGCGCUUCCCCAUUGCGUUCCAGAUCCUGUUUGCUGUCAUCAUGAUUGUGGGCAUGCUGUUCCUGCCUGAGUCGCCGCGUUGGCUACUCUCCCGCGACCAAGACGAAGAAGGAACCCGUGUCAUCGCCGCCCUCGCCGGCGAAGACAUCGACUCCAGCAUCGUACAGAUCGAGAAGCGCGUGAUCCUCGACUCCAUGGCAGCGGCCGAAGUCGGCAACAAGUCCAGCUACAGCGACCUCUUCACCGGCGGCAAGACACAGCACUUCCGCCGCAUGCUCAUCGGCGCCUCCUCGCAGCUCAUGCAGCAGAUCGGCGGCUGCAACGCCGUCAUCUACUACUUCCCCAUCCUCUUCCAGAAGUCCAUCGGCCAGUCCCGCUCCAUGUCCCUCAUCAUGGGCGGCGUAAACAUGAUCGUCUAUGCCAUCUUCGCCUCUACCUCGUGGUUCAUCAUUGAGCGCGCCGGACGCCGGAAGAUGUUCCUCGCUGGUACUAUCGGUCAGGCACUCGCUAUGACUAUCACCUUCUGCUGCCUGAUUCCUGGAACACAGGCUGCCGCCCGCGGCGCCGCUGCGGGUCUGUUCUUGUAUAUUGCGACCUUUGGCGUCACCUGGUUGCCGCUGCCGUGGCUGUAUCCCGCUGAGAUCAACCCGCUCAGGACUAGAGGAAAGGCGAAUGCCGUGUCGACGAUUACCAACUGGCUGUUUAACUUUACGGUCGUGAUGAUUACGCCGAUUAUGAUUGAUCGCAUCCAGUGGGGGACGUAUCUCUUCUUUGCUGCUGUCAAUGCUGCUUUCAUCCCGUUCAUCUACUUCUUCUACCCCGAGACACGUCUCCGCUCACUCGAAGAGAUCGACUUCAUCUUCGCCAAGGGCUUCGAGGAGAACAUCUCGUACGUGCGCGCCGCCAAGGCCCUGCCGCUGCUCUCCCCCGACGACGUUGAAGAGUAUGCCAUCCGCUACGGCUUUGCGCCAAGCACCGAGAAGACCACCGGCGACUACAUUGAGGACAACAGCCGCAACAAGACGGCUUAG